UCCCAUCGGUUAAGUGUGCAGUUCAAUCCAACGGUAGCAUCCAACAUGAAGGCGUUCGUAGUACUCUCCAUGGCUCUGGCCAUUGCCUCCUGUGCGGCAGUUGACGAUUCCACCAAAAAGGAAAAACGUGGUCUCUGGGAACUGAGUAACGAUCACGAUGAUUUUGGACACGAUCACUAUGAUCACUACGACCACAAAACCGUAACCAAGACCAUCACCAAAAACGUCCACGUGCCAUAUCCGGUUGAGGUCGAAAAGCACGUUCCCGUACCGGUUAAGGUUCCAUACCCAGUUCAUGUCGAAAAGAAGGUCCCCGUUUAUGUGGAGAAAAAUGUGCCAGUAUACGUUGAAAAGAAGAUUCCAGUCCACGUAGACCGUCCAGUCCCAUAUCCAGUCGAAGUUAAGGUCCCAGUUGUCCAGAAGGAAUACGUCGAAGUGCCGAAACCGUACGCAGUUCAUGUUGAGAAGCCCGUCCCAGUGUACAUCAACAAACCGGUGUACGUCGAGAAGCCCGUUCCAGUGACCGUUCACGUCAAGGAACACAAGAAACACUGGGGUCUGUUUUAA